AUGCCCGGAGUCCUUAAGGUCACCUACCAAUUCGAAGUCAGGCGCUGCAUCCUCGAGGACGUGACAUAUGAACACGUGACCGAAGCGCUGGCGAAGCUGUACCCGGACCUGAGCGAGUGUGUCCCGAAGUACCUCGACGACGAAGGGGAUGCCUGCACCCUCUGUGCCUCCUCGUUUCCGGACUUCCUGCAGCUGGCGAAGAGGGGCGGUGGGAAUGACAACUCAGGACCCGCGGAUGGACGGCUGAUCCUGAAGCUGCACCUGGUGGACAGUCCAAGUCUGCUUCCAGUGACUCAUUCGGAUUUGCCCUCGGUGAUGUCAGACACCGCCCCUUCCCUGGAGGGUUUGCAGACGCCUUUCGAGCCGAGCCCGCAGCACUGCCAGCAUGACUGGUACCCCUGGUGGUGCCACUUCGCUGAUCCCUUUCACGGCCACUGGAACCCUCAUCAUGCCUUCCACUGGGACGCAUGGGCCCACCACGACUUUCAUGACUUCAAGGGCAAAAGCAAAGGCAAGGGAAAGUGCAAGGGCAAGGGCAAGAGCAAGAGCAAAGGCAAGGAGGCAGCGUUGUCCAGGCCAUGCCCGACAGAAGGCUGCCCCUAUGCGGUCACCUGGCAUGAGACCCACUGCUGCCACGCCUGUUCCACGUCCGGCCAGCAUGGCCCAGCUUGUGAGCGAAAGCCCUGUCACCAGGAGAAGCAGCCGGGUGCGCCCGGACCGGAAUGCCCGCAGACUCCGCAGACGCACCAGACUCGCCUUCAGUCCAUCCUGACGCCCGAAGUCCUUGCCGGCGUGCUGGCCUGGAAGCUGCCGGAGUUGCUGCCCUUGGUCGAAGGCGACCCGGAGCACCUGGGGCAUGGCUUCUGGGCUGCCUUGGCCCAUCUCCCUUCCUUCGUUCCCUCCAUCCACGCGGCCCUGGCCAGCUUGGCACCUCUGCUGAAUGCCCACGGCCUCGCGCAGGCCGAGGCACACCUUGCGGAACUUGCACAGUGCCCACACAAUCCGACCGCCGCAGGCCUUUUCUUGCAGUGUCUGGUGCAGAGCCUGAACGAGCUGGAGCCAGCGAAGCAGCAGGAGCUUCUGAAGACCUUCUUCGAGCAGCAUGGGGACCUACUGGCACCCCUGGAACCCUUCAGCCCAAUGAUCCUGAAGCUUCUGGAACAUGGCCGAUGCAUCUGUGAUGGCUGCGAGAUGUCGCCUCUCAGGGGCCCGCGCUUCAAGUGCCUUAGCUGUCCAGACUACGACCUCUGCGGCAAGUGCUUCGCCAAGAGGCACGAGGUCCACCCAGAGCACCAAGACUUCCAGUGCAUUCCCAUCAAUCCCCAAGGCUUCGCAUCGUCAUUCUGGGAGACCUUCGCUGCAGAGGGUGAGGGAUCGCUGGGAUGGAUGGCAUGGGCGCCCUUCCUGCAUGGAAAGGGCAAGCACGGCAAAGGCAAAGGCUGCAAAGGUGGCAAAGGCAAGGGCUGCAAGGGCACCGGCCCUUGCCACGGCAAGCGCCGCGAGCGGCAAGAGAACAAGGAAGGCGCCAAGCGGCCCUGUAGCACGGAAGGCUGCGUCUACGAGGCGACGUGGCACCAGACGCACUGCUGCAACCUGGAUGUGGCCUGCCAGGAGGGGGGGAAGGACAAGCAUGGCCCGCAUUGCCAUCGCAAGCUGCAGUCCGAGUCCGCGGAUGUGCCCGAGCCCAUGCAAGAGCCGCAAGAGCCGGUGACCUGUGAGCCCGAGAUGCCUCAGCCGAGCGCCCCCGAGAUGGAGCUGUCCCAGGCGGAGCCCACCACCCGCCUAGAAGGAGAGCUUGUCACAGAAGGCUGGCAGAGGUCUGCGCCUGGAUACGGCCUCCGGGUGCCCGUUUCGUGCUCUUGCUUUGAUGUAGAGGGAGAAAUUGCAUUUGAGGCUGCCGGCCCCAAGCCAAUGGCUGCCACGGCUCCGACCUACGUGUUCCCUGAGCUAGAUGAUGGUCGCCGCUGUGAGAUCUCGUGGCACAAGGGCCAGGAUCACGAGAAGGUGGCACGUGACUUCGUGGCUCAGCAUGCGUUCCCGGCAGACAACAUUCCCACGAUCAUUGGCUUCAUGCAGCAUGCCGAGCAGGUUGUUCCCGUACCCGUCGUGGCCAGCUCUCUUCAGGCAGUGGAUGACUCCCAGACCCUUCUCAAGGCGCAGGUGAAUCAGCUCCGCGAGAUGGGCCUGGGCGGCUUCUUCGACGACACUGGGCCGACUUUGACGUUUUCAAGGCUGGAAGCUGCUGCAGCUGAAGCCUCAGAAUUUUCAGAACUAAGACGGGCGGUCGAGCAUUAUGAGCCUCAGCUGGAAGCUGGUGCGGUUCGCACGCAACUCAAUUUGCAGGGCAUCAUGAGCAUCAGCUGGGGCAAUGUGGCCGCUGCGGCUUCAAUCUGGAAGGCGAGCAUCAUAAGCAUCAUGAGCACCAGCUGGCAGCUUUUGAGGCUGAAGGCUCGGAGGAGUGAGUGGCCGAACAUCAUGAGCAUCAGCUGGGCCACUUGGGGGCCAAGCAUUAUGGGCGUCAGUUCGUGGCUCCUGCGGCCGAAGCUUCAAGUUGUAUGA